CGGCCGUGGGUGUGUGCGUGUGUUUGAAGGACGCCACCUCUCGCUCCUGCGUUCGCAGGCGGUGACUGGCGGCGGGGCUUCUCGCUCCGGCAACGGUGGCGACCGCGGCGGCGGCUUCCGGAGUCCCGCCGCGAAGAUGCUCAAAGUCACGGUGCCCUCGUGCUCCGCCUCGUCCUGCUCUUCGGUCACCGCCAGUGUGGCCCCGGGGGCCGGGAGCCUCAUCCCGGAUUACUGGAUCGACGGCUCCAACAGGGAUGCUUUGAGCGAUUUCUUCGAGGUGGAGUCGGAGCUGGGACGGGGUGCUACAUCCAUUGUAUACAGAUGCAAACAGAAGGGGACCCAGAAGCCUUAUGCUCUCAAAGUGUUAAAGAAAACAGUGGACAAAAAAAUCGUAAGAACUGAGAUAGGAGUUCUUCUUCGCCUCUCACAUCCAAACAUUAUAAAACUUAAAGAGAUAUUUGAAACCCCUACAGAAAUCAGUCUGGUCCUAGAACUCGUCACAGGAGGAGAGCUGUUUGACAGGAUUGUGGAAAAGGGAUAUUACAGUGAACGAGAUGCUGCAGAUGCUGUCAAACAAAUCCUGGAGGCAGUUGCUUACCUACAUGAAAAUGGGAUUGUCCAUCGUGAUCUCAAACCAGAGAAUCUUCUCUAUGCAACUCCAGCCCCAGAUGCACCACUCAAAAUUGCUGAUUUUGGACUCUCUAAAAUCGUGGAACAUCAAGUGCUCAUGAAGACAGUAUGUGGAACCCCAGGGUACUGCGCACCUGAAAUUCUUAGAGGCUGUGCCUAUGGACCUGAGGUGGACAUGUGGUCUGUAGGAAUAAUCACCUACAUCUUACUUUGUGGAUUUGAACCAUUCUAUGAUGAAAGAGGCGAUCAGUUCAUGUUUAGGAGAAUUCUGAACUGUGAAUAUUACUUUAUCUCCCCCUGGUGGGAUGAAGUAUCUCUAAAUGCCAAGGAUUUGGUCAGAAAAUUAAUUGUGUUGGAUCCUAAGAAAAGGCUGACUACCUUCCAAGCUCUCCAGCACCCAUGGGUCACAGGUAAAGCAGCCAAUUUUGUACACAUGGAUACAGCUCAAAAGAAGCUCCAAGAAUUCAAUGCCCGGCGCAAGCUCAAGGCAGCAGUAAAGGCCGUGGUGGCCUCUUCCCGGUUGGGAAGCGCCAGCAGCAGCCAUGGCAGCAUCCAGGAGAGCCAGAAGGCCAGCCGAGAGCCAUCUCCAACACAAGAUGGCAAUGAAGAUGUUAAAGCUAUUCCGGAAGGAGUGAAAAUUCAAGGAGAUGGGGCCCAAGUGGCAGUUGAGGGGGCAGAGGCUGAGCUGAUGAAGGUGCAGGCCACAGAGAAAGUUAAAGAUGCUGAAAUAAAUGCUGCUGAGGCCACCAAGAUGGUGCCCGAGGCAUUAGAGGAUGGGAUAAAGGAGGCUGACCCAGAAAUAGAGGAGGGCCUAGUGGAGGAAAAGCUGAAGACUGCUGAGGAAGCAGCAGCCCCCAAAGAAGGGCAAGAAAACCCUGCUCUGGAAUUUGGAGCUCAGCAGAAUGAUGUGAUCCUGCCAGAGUACUAAAUGGCUUCCUUCCAUCUGGGAGCCAAAUCCUGGCACUUUAUGCAUUUUGUCCUUCAGCAAGGAAGGUGGGGAAGCAUGAUAUGCACUAUAGUGAUUCUGUUUUUAAGGUGCAAAAAAAUACAUAUAUAUCAGUUGGUAAUCCUAACUUCAAUGCAUGUGACUGCUUUAUGAAAAAAUAGUGUCUUCUAUGGUAUGUAAUGGAUACCAAAUACCUACUGAUGAAUUAAAUUUGAAAUUGCAAGUAAACACAACAUAACAUUUAAAAACAUACAUUUUCAGGGACCAGUAGCACACAUUUGAAGUAAAUAGUAACAAAUUGUUUUUGCUUUGAAAACCUAGCCAGCCUAUACCCUUUGGAUUUCUUUACAAGGAUUGUUGCCCAGCUAAUACUAGGUAGAGCUAUAAGAUGUAUUCCCAUGACAUUCACAGUCUUUUCAGUAAUGUGUUCAAACUGUUUACAAGAAGAUGGUUAGGUUAUAGUUGUAUGGUAUGUGCAAAAAAAAAAAAAAAAAAAUCCACUUAUAAUGGUAAGAAACUGAAGCAUGCUUUAAGGGCUAUGAAACCAUAUGCCCCUAAA